AUGAAAGAUGAACUAAUAGAUUUGGUGUUUAGUGUUCCUGCUUUAUGGGAUAAGCGCCAUAAACAGCACCACAAUAAGCAUGUUCUGGCAAGAGAGUGGAAGAAAAUAGCAGCAAAAGUUAAAGUGACAGAAGAAGAAGCACGAAAAUGUUGGAAAAAUGUGAGGCAAGAAUAUGGAAAACAAAUAAAGAAAAUUCAGGGUCGGUCAGGAGAUGGAGCAGAGAAUGAAAUAGUUUGCCAGUGGCCUUAUUUUGAAAAAUUACAUUUCUUACGUGAUCAGUUCACGCCUCGUUACUCAUCUACAAAUUUAAUAGAUGAAACACAGGACACUGUGGAAAGCAAUCCAGAAGAUUCAAAUCUAGAGGAAUCUGAUACUGACGCUGAACAAUCUACCUCCACCUCAAUAACAAAUGUGCUGAGCCCUAGUUCCGAAUUACAAGAUGUGGUUGCAACUACAUCAUCUUCAAGUCGUGCUACUUCAGGUUCAAAAUACUCUGUUACCCAAACGGGCUAUAAAAGGCGAAUAACCCCACAAAUAGAAAUUGGGAGACAGCUAGUUGACAUUGAAAAAGAAAAACUAGCCUUAAGGACAAAUAAAAUGUCCCAGGAUCCCAAUGAUGAUGAUAUAGGGUUUUUCAAUUCCCUUCUUCCUUAUGUGAAAAAAUUGACGCCUAGAGAUAAAUUAAAAUUUCGAAUGGAUAUGCAGAACUCUUUAUUUGAAUUCCUGUAUCCUUCAAAACAGCAGACGCUGGCCUGUUUAGUACCUGCUGCCAGUGCUGCCACCCAGAUAGAACAUGGCCCGCAUGUUCAACCUGGUCCUUCUCGGUGUGAACCAGUUUGGAAUUGUUUACCUUUGGAUUUGGAACUUAUGGACAAAACCAAGAUGUCUACACCCAUUUCAAAAGCCGAACUAUCCACCAUCCUACCUAGCAAACUCAAACCCAUGAACGACAAAUUGUGCCUGAACAGAUCAUCCAGCAUCGAUACCAUCAAGCGAAUAAACACUUACAUUUGCUCGCCACAAUCUUACCUUUUGCCAGCCAUGUUGACUACUUGGCUAAAAACUGGCCAAAACAGUUUGCACUCGUCCACGGAAAAAACUAUAUUUAUGUUCCGAUCGUUGAUUUUUGGAACGUUUUUAUUCAAAUUUUUAUUGAGAGGCUCCAAGCCUGGUCAAGAGCCUAUAAAAUUGAAUCUACAAACCGUUCUACAACAAAUUGCAGCUAAUCUACAAGAAAUAUUUGCGAUUGCUCUACAAAGCCCUUUUGUUAUAACGACAGUUUUUGCGGUAGCUCUUGUAUUUUUGGCGGUUCAAAUGGGUUUGUGUGUAUAUUUGCUUAGUCAGAGCUUAAUUCCUUUGGGAUUAUGGUUUUUGACGAUUUGUAUAGUUUAUAUUGGUUAUCUUGGACAUGCCCUCAAUAGAUUUUAUUUAAUUAAGAGGGAUGUUAAGUGUAAAGAUCACUAAAACAUCAUUUCAUUUAAACCUAGUGUUUUGCUAAGGAUAAAAAUGUUUGUUUGUUUUAUUCUUCCUCCAAAAAAGUUGUUUUUUCACUAUAAUCCUUAUAGUUGAAGAUUUGUAAACUUUUUGGAAGUUGUUUUAAAGUCUCAAUAAAAAAGAAAUGUAGAUUUCAAAAAUCAAAUAGAACUAAGCAAAUUGUAGAUGCCAAAGACUUAAACAUGAUGAUGUUUGCGUUUUAUUGUUACAUUGUUGUUGACAUUUGUGUUUUACAACGCUUAGGUACCUACGCUUAAUUUUGUGGAAUUAAACUAAAUAAACAUAUAAUAAAAUAAAAUACAACAAAUGGGCAUAAAGAUGCCUACAUUAAAAUGAAAGGUGCUGUUUUACUAUUUACUAGGUAUAUUGCUAAUAGACUUAUCUACAGACUGGUGUUAAAAGUGAUAGAACUUUUUGAAAAGGCUGAUGGAAUGUGUGCAUUUAGAUAAUAAGACAAUUUUAUAAUUAUUACUAUUGGUAAAGUUUUAUUUAUGAAAUUAGUUUCUGCAAUACUACUUAAAUAAAUGGAACGUGUGUAUUUUUUAAAAUAAUAAAUAUUUUUAAAUUUUGA